AUGGCAACAUCUAGAGGAUCUGUUGAUGCUACCCCUAAACCAUUUCGUGGACCAUGGGAAGGAGAAACCAAGAUUGUGAUAGGGAUUGAUAUUGGUUCAACACAAAGUGGUGUCGCAUUCAGCUUUCUACAGAAUGGAGCAAGUCAGACCGUUCACCGCGUAACGAAAUGGCCUGGACAAGAAGUACAUAGUCAGCAAAGUAAAAUUCCGACUCUGGUCUGGUACGAUACCAAUAAAAAGGCUGUAUCAUUUGGUGCCGAGGCACUACUUCCUCAUAUCGAGGAAGAAGCCGAAGAUAACAACUGGUUCCUUGCGAAACAUUUUAAGCUUCACCUACACCCAAACGACAUGAAAACUAGGCAUGAUUUAAAGCUAGAUGCUUUACCACCAGGUGUUAAUUUGGGUCAAAUAUAUGCUGAUUUCUUGCGAUAUCUUCUCAAAUAUACUCAGGAGUAUUUUGAAGACCGAAUUCUCGACGGAAAGUCUAUAUGGGAACGAUACAGCCCUAAUAUGGAGGUUGUAAUAGCACAUCCUAACGGUUGGGGUCUUCGAGAGCAAACGUUCCUACGAAAGGCGGCUGUAGAUGCCGGGGUUUCUGCUCAUGAACAAGCACAGAAGAACAUUCGAUUCUUGACUGAAGCUGAGGCAUCAGUUCACUUUUGUAUCCAUCAUACUAAUCUGGGCGACCGACUCAAGCCUGGAACUAACUUUGUAGUAUGCGACGCCGGAGGAUCCACAGUUGAUACGACCAUAUACUCUGUCACUUCUGCGCAUCCUGUACUCAAACUAGAAGAGAAGCGCGCUUCGGCAUGUGUACAAGCGGGAGCCAUCUUCGUCGACCUAGAGGCAGAAAGAUAUCUGCAAAACAUGCUGUCUAGCAUUGGAUUAAGUCAAGAUGACGUAAAGGACUAUAGAAAAGCAGGAAUGAAGGACUUCGAGGCAGGGGCAAAGCGAGGUUUCCAGGACGAAUCUAUCGAUCAGUAUAUCAAUGUAGGCAACUCACGCUUCAAUAACACCACUAUUCGAGCGCGCCGCGGUCGCUUAACAUUACCAGGAACUAUUGUGAAGCCAUUCUUCGAUACAUGCACGAAAGAAAUAAUCUCCAGCGUCAACCAACAGAUUGGUACAUUUCGCGUACCUCACAUUCUAUUAGUAGGGGGGUUCGGGGACAGCCCUUAUCUUCGCAACGAGUUCAAGAAACAGUAUGAGCCACAAGGCUGUCAAAUUACACGGACCAAUGAUUCGACCUCGAAAGCCGUAGCUGAUGGGGCUGUGAUUUGGAGCAUAAUUAAUAGUGUAUCCUCUCGUGCACCCCGAUAUUCUUUUGGUGCAAUAUGUUCUAGGAUAGCUCUCCCUUGGAUAGGAGAUCAUCAAGGGAGGAAAACGUAUCUUGGAGCACAUGGGUUACCAGUGAUCCCAGGAGCGUGGUCUCAAGUUGUUCACAAAGGGGUAGCGCUUGAUUCGGAAGCUAUUUGUCGAGAGACCUAUAGCAACUCAUAUAGAUCCGCGAACCCUGACUUAAAAUCCCUUUCCAUGGACUUGUAUGCUUACCCCGAGGACGAUGAGCCGGAAUGGGCGUGGGAUGAGCACGAAAAUCUCCUUCCCACCUUUCGUAAGGUCUGUACAAUUAGUGCUGACUUGAGGGGACUGGAAGGUGCAUUAGAGCGGAAGGCUGGGCUGAGGGGAGCCGAUUACUGGGAAUUAGAGGUUUCCGUGUGCAUGCGUUUUGGUGGCACCGAGCUCGAAGCAUUCUUGGAAUGGAAGGAUAAAGGAGUGACUCGCACAGGGCCUGUGUUCAUCGUUCCAGGAGACCCAGUCGGUUUCUAA